GCCCUGAAUAACGCGGGACCCGUCCGGCUGCUUUGCUUUCACUCUUUAUUAACAGACAAAUCCCACUAUUAAUGCUUCCAAACGAAGAGGGCUUAAAAAACGCUCUAAAACACAUUCUCCUCCCACUGUACGCUGUGAACGCAGGGAGAUAAAACAAAAAAAUAAAAAAAUAAAAAAAAACAUUGUAAGAUGCAAAAAAACUGAACGGCGUGCGCGUUCGCCGUGCUCCAGCGCUGCGGCAGUUGCCAGGGGAGAUAGGAGGGGAGGGGUUGUGAUUGGCUGAAGUGGACCUGUUGCCAUGACGACGGCGAGGGGUUUGGUAGCGUUGCCGUGCGCUGUGUGAUCUGCGCGCUGCGUGUAUGGAGGAAGCAGCUGCUGAUCUGAUCUCUGACAUUGUGUGAGACAGACAUCUGAAUUAAACUCUGCCUUUACACACAUCGCUCCCGGUUAACGACGUGUAUGAUUACUUCUUUGGUUUAAUGGGUCCAAUCAUUGGGAUGUCACCAGAUAAGAAAACGGAAAUUCCGGGUAUGCAAGAAGAGCGGACGGGCCUCAGAGGUGUCUGCGGUGUGGGAACCCUGCCCGAGGCGGAGUGCGCGUCCAGUCCGCUGGCGACUUGUGUGGACCGCGCUUCAGGUACAGAGGAUGAGGAGCUCACCAAUCUCAAUUGGCUCCAUGAGAACCUGCUUCAGAACUUCACUCUAGGGGGCCCAGAAGCUCAGACAAGUGGCAGCCCCCUCUUUGACAUUGAAGGAGACUACAAGCCAAACCAGGGCCCUUCGUCAUCAGCGUCAUCUUCGUCACAAAGCAGGGGCAGGGAUCGGGACUCGCUGAAGUCAAAGCCUCCUUUCUCAUUUUCCCUCCUCAUUUACAUGGCCAUCGAGCAGUCUCCCAGCAAGUCGCUGCCUGUUAAAGAAAUCUACGGGUGGAUUCUGGAGCACUUCCCUUAUUUCUCCAAUGCUCCCACAGGCUGGAAGAACUCAGUUCGUCACAACUUGUCCCUUAAUAAAUGCUUUCGCAAGGUCGACAGGAGUCUGGGAAAGGCGAAUGGAAAAGGUUCCCUCUGGUGUGUUGACCCUGAGUAUCGGCCCAACCUAAUCCAAGCCCUUAAGAAGCAGCACUUCCCAGUCGUACAUGCCUUCUGCACGCCACCCGCCUCCCCGCCCAGUGCCUCCUCACCUCCUCGCCAUCUCUUUCUACAAGGCUGCUCAUUCAAAGAGUCUGACAUUGAUGCUGCCACUGCCAUGAUGCUCUUAAACUCUGCCCCUGGGCACCACGUUGACCCAUGUAACUCUGAUGGCCCGCUGGACCUCUCCCGACCCGACUCUGUCCUGGUGAGCAGCGAUCCGAAGCAGGACCACAACUACAGCAGCGCAGCCCUGCAGCGCUGCUCCUCCCGCUCCUCCUCCUCCUCUCUCUCCUCCCUGGAUGAAGGCAGCUGCGAGCGCAGGCAGUCUCGGCGCGCUGGGAGCGAGGGUUUCCACAGUGAUGAGGACUCUGAUCUCUGGGACGAGAGGGCUGUCCAGCAGACUUCUCGACGUCCACCCGUCAUCAAGUGGCCCAUCAGCAAGCGGCCCAGGCGUGAGGUCAAGCCAGAGCUGGACGAGGAGCUGAAAGAGGCGGCAGGGUCUUUGCUACACCUUGCUGGUAUACGCAGCUGUACAGAGGGGUCCAAACGCACUGUCAAGAGCACAAAACUUAACAGGAAAUGAAGUUCCCUUCGCCCCCAAAUAAGACUCCGGACCCUUUGAAUCCUAACCCCUGACCCCGGAUCGUGUGCCCCAGUGUGCCUCCUUCUCCUCACCUGAUCGUUCACUGGCCAUUUUGAGCCACUUUUUGUUGGGAGUGUCCUUGUCUAACAAACAAAUGGCAAUAGUAUCGUUCACACAGGAGAACAAAGCCAUAUACAGUAACUCUGGGGGGGUGGGGUGUUCGGGCUGUGGAGAACCAUCAAGAAGAUACCUAUCCAGAACGACCUGCCUGCUUUUGUCAGAUUUAGAAAACUGUGAUUGAAGAAUCUCUCUUUCAAAGACAAAAACGGGGAAAAAAGCUGAAGGUUUUUAUAACUCAAAGCGUUGCAUGCUUCCUCCUCAAACUGUAUCCUCUUCCAAGUGAAUCUAUUUAUGAAGCGAAUGAGUGCAUGUUUGUAACAGACAAAACCUAACCUCCUGGUGUUAUCAGUUUUCCUCUUUGUGCUACAAGUCUAAAAAAAACUAAGUAAUUCCACCAUUUCCUUGCUCUUUGAAUCCUCUUAAAAACAUGCAAUAAUGAAUCCACAACCUUAACUUUUGGCUCUUUUUUUUUUUUUUUUUCUCCCGUAAAGGCAAUUUUUUCCACAGUCGAGUAUGUGACUUCAGUUUUUCAUUUAAGAAAAGGAAUGGAGGAGUAUUAUGAUCUCGGUAUGUGAUCCACUUACUGCACACACCGUGGCUCCUUUUCAGGAUGUGAAAAUAGUAUUUCUCUGCAACUGCCAAAUUUAGUUGAGAACUUAGCAGUAGUGCUUUGUGCAAAUUAUUUUAUCGUGUAAACCCAGGACAUGUUUUCAUGUUCGCUGAACAUCUGACUGCCAUGCAAUUCCAGAUUCUUAGCUGCGUGCUCAUAGGUUGUCCUCCACAUGUUUUAUUAUUGUAUGUCUGGAUCAUGGCUCACCCAGAUUUCAUCCUAACCUGUUUAAAAUGAUAAAGUCCAUUUGUUCCUAGUACUCUGCUAGCAGUUUCUGCCAAAAGAUCGACUUAUAGAGAUUGUAAGUGAUGGGAAAGGCUGUAGUUACAGUCCGUAGGGGAGAGAGUGAAAGCUUAACUUUACAGUCAAGUUACUAAAGAGCGGUGCUGACCUCAGGGCUGUCUGGCAGGGAGUGUUUCGUCGUUGCUCUUCCCGCUAGAACAAAAUAAGGAAGUGCACACUCUAUUCACAAGCUUGUAAAAUUUGUGUCAGCUGAUUGCACGCAGCUCUCGGAAGGGAAGUUGUCGACGACUAUAGUUGUUAUGUUGGAGCUUGUAGGAAGGCUGCAGGCUCACAGGAUUCAUGUCAGCCUGGGCAAGAGUGAGGGUCAUUAACGGAAAACUUGGAUGUUUACUUCACUGUAACAGUCAGUAAAGCAUAUGUGGUUGUUGUCAAACAUUAGCUGUGCCACUGACUAUAAACAAAAGGUGGCCAUGGUCACUGUACAGGUGCCUCCUAACAAAUUGCAAUAUCAUCCAAAAGUUUAUUUAUUUCACAAAUUCAAUUUCAAAAAGUGAAAAGCGUUUAUCUAUUAAUUCCACAGACUGAAAUAUUUUAAGUGUUCGUUUCUGUUCAUUUUGACAAUUAUGGCUUACAACUAAUGAAAACCCAACAUUUCAUUUCUCAGAAAAUGACAAAAAAACAACAAAUAAAGGAUUAUUUUAUACAGAAACAUUAGCCUACAUGUAUCUCCAUGUGCUGUACAGUAUAUGCCCUAAAAACCUGGUCAGACCUCCUUUUGUAUGAAUUACUGCAUCAGUGCGGCGUGGCGUGGAGGUGAUCAACCAGUGGCUCUGCUAAGGAGUUAAGGAAUCCCAGGCUGCUUUAACAGAGGUCUUUUGCUCUUCUGCAUUGUUUGGUCUGUCAACUUCCUCUUUUCUGUGACUUUGGAACGCUGAGCAACAGUCCGGUCAUUUUUCUCCAUAGUCCAGGUAAGACGCAUUCAGUGUCGUCUCUGGUUAAGAAGGGAUCGUGACAGUUGUAGCCCAUUUCUUGAAUGCAUCUGUGUGUGGUGACUCUUGAAGCACCGACUCCAGCUGCAGUCAGCACCUUUUGAAUCUCUUCCAAACUGUUAGAUGGGCUUUGCUUCACAAUUCUCCCAAGGCUGUGGUCAUCACUAGUCCUUAUGCACCUCUUACUACUACAGUUUCUCCUUCCACUCAACUUUCCAUUAACAAGCUAGGAUACAGUGCUGUGUGAAUGGCCGGCUUCUCUAGCAAUGACGUUUUGUGGCUUACCCUCAGUAUGGAGGGUUUUACCGACUGUCUGCUGGACAGCUGUCAAGUCUCACCAUGAAUGUGUAACAUAACAUUUCUAUAUUCAUUUUCUUUAAUUAAUCUUAUGUUAUGGUGAAAUGUUCUGAGAAACUGAAUUUUGGUUUUUAUUAGCUGUAAACCAUGAUCGUCAAAGUAAACAGAAAUAAAGGCUUAAAACACAUCAUUCUAUCACUCUGAAAUAAAUAAACUUUUCAAUGAUAUUCUAAUUUAUUGAGAUGUACCUGGAUUUCCUUCGCUGCUGCACUGCAGUCAGGUUUCCUGUGAUAAAGUUAUUGGGAAUCCGGUGAUCUCACCAGUCGUUUUGUUAAUUAAAAAAAUUUUUUUUGACACUUACUUGCAUACACUGGUCUUGUCUAGCUGUGAAAAAAAGAACAAAUUAUUUUGUUCAUUAAUCAUCACCUUAUUUAUAACUUUAAUUUAUGGGAUAUUUGAAUGCAUACUAUCAAACACUGGUCAUGUGAAAAAAUGACUUAAGCACAUUUCUUUUCUUUACUCUGUGAAGCCUGAGGUUUUUUUUUUCCUUGUUUAUUUUACAGCAAUACCCCUUUUUCUUGUUACAGUGAUUACAUAUUUUGCCAAUGUAUGAUGUCUUUUAAACGGGUUUUUUUUCCUCAGUUUAACCAUGACUGCCAGUUUUUUUAUGUGUUUGUUUUACUUUUUUACUAAGCUGAAUAGAAGCAGUAAAUUAACGUUGAUCCUGGGAGUUUUUUUUGUUGCCAAAACUGAUGUACAGCAGGGGGUUUGAAUUAAAAGCCAACUCAUUCCCUCGCGCUGUGAAAACCCUUUGAGCCUGAUUCGGUAACUUUUACAAUCUUCUCCUGUAUGGUCUGUCUUUAACUUUUGUCAGAAAUUGAGGAUUUGUUGUCAGAAUCAGAUUAGACUCUCAGAAAGAAAAUGACUGCCACUCAUAACUCCCUCUGAUUGUUUUUAUGAGAUGCUGGGAACUUUUGGGAAUAUCAGUUUAAAACUGGAUCAUGUCAGCUGAAGACAACCAGGCAGCUGCUGUUUAAAGUCAGGCCAACAUUCAAUUAUAACCAUUUCAAAGGAAUUAUGGAAAGACAUGUCUAGUAAAAAGUUCUGAUUCUGUAGCAUUUGCAAUAGUAAAAGAGAUGUUGGUCUAAAAGCAACAGUCUAUUUGCAGACCUGCCAAAUAAGUUUUCACUCAUCUAAAAUAAUUACUCUCCUCAUUGCUCAACAGCAGUUAUUGAAUACUGAUUGUGAUGUUUUGCAUCAUUAUUAAUUCUUGCAGUUCCUUUGGGUGUACUAAUUCUUGCAAUUGACAAAGCUGCCAACCCAGUAUCAGUUUGUGUCUGUUGUCUGCCAUGUCCAUUGGACUGACACACCUUUUGUUUUUUGUAUUCUAACCUCUGUUGAUAAAAAUGUUUAUAAGAUUUAUUUUCGCCAAAGAUAUGCAAUUGCAUUAUAUAUGGUAUUACAAAAAUAUUAAUAAAUCCUGUUCUUGCUAUG